AACCGUUAGACCCUCCAUUGCCCGUUAAAACCUGAUGAGUUGGCGCUGACUGGGAGCUGAUUGGGUGCUGAUGUGGACCAAUUUUACUCCACCUGGGUUUACCGAGAUGGCACUCCAAACGGGCGGCUGGCCCAUCAUUCUCCUCCCUCUCACCAUUGCAUUCCUCCAGCGCCGCAAAAUCGACCCUACAUCCAAGUUCUUCCUCAUGAAGCUCCGCCUAUUCGUCGCCUCCGCAGUGAUAGGAGUCAUCACAGGCUGUGAUGACUACCUUUACGCUUAUGGAGUGGCGCGUCUUCCCGUUUCCACCUAUUCCCUUAUCAUUGCCUCCCAGCUAGCCUUCACCGCCGAUUUUUCCUUCCUCUUGGUGAAGCAGAAGUUCACUUCGUAUUCAAUAAACGCUGUGUUUUUCCUUCCUCUUGGUGAAGCCAUAUUGAGCGGUAAACCCAGGUGGAGUAAAAUUGAUCCACAUCAGCACCCAAUCAGCUCCCAGUCAGCGCCAACUCAUCAGGUUUUAACGGGCAAUGGAGGGUCUAACGGUUGGAUGACGUCAUUCUCAUUAAAAGGGGUGUUCUGCGGAUAACAUGAAGUAGAGGGGCUGAUUUGCCAUGGUUUCUAGUACAGGGGCUGAUCUGCCACAACAUGGCUGGUAGAGGGGCUGAAUUGCACCUUCUGCCCUGAGUAAUUUGCAUCACGGACUUUCCAAUUAUCAUGGUGACUUUGUCGAGGAUAUGAAAGAAAACAAAAGUUAUUUU